AUGGCGUCGCGUGGAGACGCUUCGUGCUCCCCGCCGUCUUGCGAGGACUCGACCGAGAAGAAAAACAGCUCGGUUUCGUUCGGCUUCGCUAAAACUCUGAGCAAAUUCAAAGUUACGCCCGGCGACGCCGUCACAAACAAAGACGACGUCGAUUAUUUAACCGGAAUUGCCAGGAACCAACUGCAGAGUACGAAACCGUCUGAAGGUCCUACGGAACGAGUCAUACCUGUGAUUCUGAAGAACCGCUGGCGCGUCCCGGAGCGUGAGGAGCCCAACUUGGGAAACGGAGAACAAGUCAAUGGCGUCGACCACCAGGACUCCGUGGAAGCUCAGGCUGUCAAAGAGCUCAUUGAAGAGUCCAGGAAGAAGCUGGAAGACUCGCAGGCCAACGCGGACCUCACUAUCCCCCUGCUGGCGCAAAACAAGGUGCCCGACGGCUUCGAGGAUGGAGAGCGGCUCAACGUGGAGCUGCGGCCUGAACCCUCGACGGAAGACGAUUACGAGCGAGUUCCCGUGGAAGGUUACGGAUUGGCCAUGCUGAAGGGGAUGGGCUGGAAAAAAGGGGAAGGCAUCGGGCGCACUUUUAAACAAGACGUGAAGCCUUACGAAUACAAGCCGCGCGUGAUCGGCUUGGGCCUCGGCGCGGAUCGCUCGGCCAUCGCCGAUCUGGAGCCAGGCAAACGUCGACGCCCCCCCAAGCCCGGCGAAGAACGGCGGGAGGAAGAGGAGGAGCAAUCGCUAGUCUUGGCCCGCGGCGGCUGCGUCCUGCUAGAGUCGGGGGCGCAUAAAGAGCGCUACGGAAAGAUUGAAGCGCUGGACGCUGACAACGCUCGCGUUUUGGUCAAGUUGGCCAUCGGCGGCGAUGUGGUGUCUGUCCACCAGUAUGCUGUUAAACUCGUCGGCCGCAAGGAAUACGACAGAUACGCCAAAGACCUCAGUCGUCUGAGCAAAGCGCAUAAAAACAAGGCAAAAGAGGAGAAGAAACAUGAGCAGCGUCGCCAACAGGACCACAGAGAAGAUGACAAGAAAAGGAAACACACGGAAACCCAUCACCGGCGAGAGAAGACGCCGGAAAAAGAAGGCAAACGAGCAAAAGCACCGCCCUGCUGGCUCCAGAGGGAUUUAAAAGUUCGUUUUGUGGACCAGACUUAUAAGGGCGGCCGCUACUACAAUGCAAAGAUGCGCGUGGAGGACGUGGUAACGCCGUCUACUUGCAUUUGUCGAACCGAAGAGGGAAGACUGAUCGAUGAUGUGAAGCAGGACAUGCUGGAAACCAUUGUGCCGAAAAGUGAAGGCGAUGCUAUCAUGGUGGUGCUGGGCGAGCACCGAGGACAGGUGGGUCGGAUACUACGGCGGGACAAGAACGCGUGCCAAGCCACAGUCCAGCUGGACAGACACGAAAAGAAACUCUUCACCUUGGAUUACGACUUUAUUUGUCACUAUUUGGGAGCCGCUGACCACUUCUGA